AUGAAAAAGAGAGACGCCCCGGCCCUUCCGACCCCAGGAGACCGCAGCCGGGCGUCCAUCUGCUUCCCGGAGGCGCGGAGCGCAGAGGCCCUGGAGGACAAGCUGUUCUUCGCAUGGUCCCUAGAGGGCGCUCCGCGCGCCCUCGCGUCCACUCCGAGCACACCAGAGGCACCAGUCACCUUCCAGGAGGAGCAGAAAGGCAGGAUGCGGUGCCCACCCCGAGCAGACUCCAGCUCCCCAGGACCAUCAGUGCAGGGGGUCCCCAAGACCCCGUGCCCAGGCCGGAGCCCCUUCCACCCCUCCUGGCCUCUGCGCAUCCAGGCUACCCCCGCCCGGGAUUUGCAUGCCUGUGAAGUCCCGCAAAUAAUGCCUGCUGUGCGGGAGAUGAAAGCCCGGGAGCCUGGUGGCCGGGCGUUUGAAGUCCCCCAAAGGUCCCACGAGGGCUCGCCUCGCGUCCACGCGAGUGUGGUUGGCCUGUCCCUGGAACUGGAAUGGGGCCGCGGCACAGUCGGGGCUGUCCGAGGGCAAGGGAAAGACGAGUCAAAGGUGGAAGAUGACCCGAAGGGUAAGGAGGAGAGUUUCUCGCUGGAGAGCGAUGUGGACUACAGCUCGGAUGACAAUCUGACGGGCCAGGCGGCUCACAAGGAGGAAGACCCCAGCCACGCGCUGGAGGAGACCCCGCCGAACGGCAGCGCGACAGGCAGCACGACGUCCACCGGAAAGAACCGGAGGCGGCGGACUGCCUUUACCAGCGAGCAGCUGCUGGAGCUGGAGAAGGAGUUCCACUGCAAAAAGUACCUUUCCCUGACCGAGCGCUCGCAGAUAGCCCACGCCCUCAAACUCAGCGAGGUGCAGGUGAAAAUCUGGUUCCAGAACCGCCGCGCCAAGUGGAAACGCGUGAAGGCGGGCAAUGCCAACUCCAAGACAGGGGAGCCCUCCCGGAACCCCAAGAUCGUGGUCCCCAUCCCCGUGCAUGUCAGCAGAUUCGCCAUCAGAAGUCAGCAUCAGCAGCUGGAACAGGCCCGGCCCUGAGGGCCCAGCAAGGGCGGGCCUGGCCAGGCCCCCACCGUGGAGAAGCCCCAGCCCCGAGGGAACCCGUGGCGGACUUCUAGGUUUGAAGCAGAACUCAGCACAUUCCAAAGGUGGACAAACUAGGCGAGUUGAGAGUAUAUCCAUAAAACAGGCUUAAAGACUGCUGUUGAAGGGGCUACAGCCAUGCCUGAAGAUACACUAAAUAUUUAUUAUUCUAUCCUACUUUGUAUAUAAGCUAUAUACACUGGAUCUCAGCUGCAGUAUUUUGAAAGUUAGAGGACCAAGUUACCUAGUCAGAUUCUCCACUUACAUUCAGAAGAAAACAAAACCUGCGUUGUACCCUGCCGAGCUAGCAGCCACUACCUUUCCAUACUUUUCCAAAGGUAAACAUGAAACACAGAACAAACACUGGGGUUUACACUUCACUUUGGUUUCUGUUUUUGGCUUUUUGAGUUGACUGCAGAGCAGAUGUGGUUGGGCAGCCUGGAAAUUUACUUUGCUUUGCUUUUGCCUGGCUUUCUUUCCUGGGCUGGCCCAUCCUACCUGAGGCACGUCUCCAUUGUGUUUAAUUUAUUUCAAUGUAGCUUAUUUUCUUAUAAGUUAUGGCAUUUAAACAAUCUCAGUCUUGUGAAUAAUAAAAAGGAAAGAAGAAAAAAAAAAGAUCAGUCCCCUUUGGGCCUCCUAGAUGCGUCCAGAAUUUCUUCCCAGCGCUGUAGUGGGGUGUGGCCAGGCUCCGGUCUGGGGCAGCCCCAGCCAUAGUCCAGCCGACCUCGGGACAAGGCACUUAGGCAGGUUUUGAAUUGGAGAGCAAGAGCGCCAGUGAGGCCAUUAAUGUAAGAGCACCUAGGUUUCCUCUGGGGACUCCAGCACGUCCCCCUUUUGCACAGCAAGGGAGCUGGCACCCUUGGGCCAGAGGAGAGGGCGGCGGGAGGGAAGGUGAGCUCCGCCUGCACUCCCAGUACUCCAGGUGGACUUCAGCCAGGGAAGGAAGGCUUUUCCUCAUCCACAGCUCCAACCCGAAAAGGCAGCGUAGCUCGCUCCCCCCGCAGGACCAAGGGUCCAUAAAUCAGGCUCGGGCGUUAUCUUCCAACAGGCUCAGGAACCCGGCCAGCGAGGAGGCCGGAAGGCGGGGACUUGCUGCGGGCUCCUGCUGGAGGGGUC